CCUGGCCUGGCUUUGCUUCAGACUGCAAAGGGUGUGCCUGCUCAAUGGCAAAGUACAUGGGCGGCACAGGGCUCAGAAGUAGGUCAGCCCUGGAGACAACGAAGCUGCAUGAGCCGCUUUGUCGGCAGAUUGGUCGCGAAAAAGUCUCUAGAGGACAUCCGCGAUGAAGCAAUGCAAACAGAGCUCAAGAGAUCUCUUGGGUGGUUAGACCUGACGAUGCUCGGAAUUGGUGGGAUCAUUGGCGCGGGAAUAUUUGUUUUGACGGGAACCGCGGCGGCAGAGCGUGCCGGACCCGCGAUUAUCCUAUCUUUCUUGUUUGCUGGAGUCGCAUCCGCAUUAGCGGCAUUGUGCUAUGCCGAGCUGGCAUCCAUGAUUCCCGUCUCCGGCAGUGCGUACACGUAUACGUACGCAACUCUGGGAGAGUUUAUGGCGUGGUUCAUCGGUUGGGACCUCAUGCUGGAGUACCUGGUCUCUGCUGCCGCCGUCGCUGUCAGCUGGGCCGCUUAUUUUAAGAGCUUUUUCAAGCAAGUGUUCGAUGUGGAUUUGGCGGAUUCGUGGACGGUAACCCCUUUCGAGUUCUCGCAAUCAGAUACCUCUGUGACCAAAACGGACGGGUAUUUCAACGCCGUUGCGUGUGCAGUUCUGCUGGUUGUGAUGUUGAUCCUCGCGUGGGGUAUUCGGGAGUCCUCGACAGUCAACGCGCUGAUUGUGAUCACGAAGAUCGUCAUUGUGCUCCUCGUCAUCGGAUUUUGCGCAAAGUACGUCAAGACCGACAACUUCUCUCCGUUCGUUCCCGAACAGCAGCGUUGGGGGAAGUACGGAUGGAGCGGCGUCUUACGAGGAGCCGUUGUCGUGUUCUUUGCAUACAUUGGCUUCGAUGCCGUGUCGACUGUCGCCCACGAGAGCAAAAAUCCUCAGCGGGAUCUCCCCAUCGGUAUCUUACUCUCUCUCGUUGUCUGCACCGUCCUUUACAUCGCCGUAUCCACGGUUAUGGUAGGCGUCGUGAAGUACACUCAACUCAAUGUAUCGAACCCCAUGGCAGCUGUUGUGGAGUUCACAGGGCAGAAGUGGUUGACGAUCGUUGUGGACGUUGGGGCCCUCUGCGGUCUGUUUUCCGUCAUGAUGGUCGUAUUUCUCGGCCAGACGAGAAUCUUCUACUCCAUGUCCAAAGACGGCCUCUUCCCGGCCUGGGGAGGUCGUGUUAACCGCAGGACGAUGACUCCUGUAGCGUCUACUGUCGUCAUCGGCAUCUUUGGCGCGCUUCUUGCCUCCGUAGUGCCCCUGGAUGUGCUGGCAGAUCUGACGUCAAUUGGAACCCUUUUGGCUUUUGCCCUCGUUUCUGCGGGCGUUAUCAUCCUUCGGUACACGCAGCCUCAUGCUCCGCGGAAGUUUGUUGUUCCAGGUCCGUCGUGGGGCAUCCCUGUUUUGAGCAUCCUUUGUUGUGCAGGCUUGGCCAGCUUUUCGACUUUGUCGACGCUCUAUCGACUCCUUAUUUGGAUGGGCAUCGGGCUGAUCUUCUACUUCCUCUACGGCUGGCGUCACUCCAUUUUGGGAAAGAAGAUCGCAGCAAGAGAACCAGACCUCAAUCUUGUGGAGCUGGAGAGCCGCAAAGACAGGCCUUCUCUACUUCACCCUCCUGCGGAGUAUGCGUGAUGAAUUGUUCUGUUCAGAUUCGCGCAGUUGCAUCCCUUAACACUACGGCAACGUGCAAUUUGCAAUCGUGGUAAUUGCGACCUCAGCACCUUCAGACCCUAUGGCAAAUCGCAUAGUCAAGAUAGUCGCAAUCUGUCACGGCGGAAGUCCCGGGUUCACGUCCCGUGCAGUUAAACAGUUAAAGACCAAGUAUCCGCCAGAGUCGCCUGGUUUAGGGCGCGCAGCCAGGCACGUUCCGCCAUAGUCAGCAGCAGCAGGUGGAAGGCAAUUGGCCAUUCUAGCCAGAAGUCGCGGGUUCAAGUCCCGUGCACUUAAAGACCAAGAUCGAUUGGUUUGUUGCCUUGCUUGCGAUUUCCGUGACAGCUGUUGUUAUAGGGAGAGAUACACAUAGGCCUCAUACGCUUGUACAGUAAUCGGAUCGGUUGGGGUGUACUGGUCACCUGCUGGAGGGUUUGAGAUGAACCAGGGGGGUGGGAUUCUCUCGCCAACCCCCCCAUUAUCUCACCCUCCCCCCCCUUUUCCCCCCCCGCCCCUCUCCCAAAUGAACCAGUACCGGUCACCUGCUUGAGGGGCUGAGAGGAACCAGGUGGGUGGGAUCAUCCAGUUGAGCAUUAGUACUGCACAGUGGUAUUCAGGGCAAAAUGCCCCAAGGUCGACAUGGGUCAUCUGCAUGGGUGGGGGAGGGGGGUUGCGACUCUUGUGAGAUGAUGGGGGGAGUUGGGGAUGCAGCGCAUUUUUCCGCACCGCUGCCAUCUUCACCCGCAUACAAUGUACUGUCAUUAUCACUUCCUCUGGACAGGAAGUUGUCCGAAAUACGUACAUAAUCAUCGUGCAUUCUAUUCAGGGGAAGACGGUCGAUUGUGCUAGGUGCUGGUUGGCAUGUCUAAGUCACCGGUUCUCUAGCCCCCCCUAGAGCGCUGCCGGAAUGGGGUGCCACUUCCUUGAAGGGUCGGCGCAGCCGAAUGAGAUGGGCACAAAAGCAAGGGUGAAUUUGGACUUCUCAGAAUCUCAGGUAUGUCAGAAGGACAUGGACGACCGAGAUCUGAUCUGCUUCGAAGGGCAGCCAAUUUAACGUCGAUUCUAGGAGAGCACCAUAGGGGAGAAAACUUGGAAAAGGCAAUUAUAAUUGUUCUAAUUUCAAGUAAUUUGCCAAGAUUUGUUUGCCACCCUGCCGUCUUCACCCGAAUUAGAAUGCCUGGUCAUUACCGCUACAUCGGGACUGAAAAAUGCCUCAAAUACAGCUAUAAUGAUUGUGCAUUAUAUUAGGGUGAAGACGGUAGCGCCACGUAAAAAAACAUCAGCCAUCGAGCCUCGCUCCACUCUACAACAUUGUGAAUCUACCUUGGACUCCCUGUCGGUACACACAUACAUUAGGACUGAGUUGACAUGUUGAAUUUGUGGGGACCAUAUUGAGCUCCACAUACAUUUGCAAUGUUGUGCAGUGGAGCGAGCCCCAUUUUUUUUCCGUAGAGCCUGCGGAGCUGCUUCAGGUCGCUUGGAAAAUACGUUCGGGUGAUUUCUUAUUCGUCAUGUGUCGGAAGGAAAUGGGUGACGGAUAUUCCUUACAGUGUU